UGGUGUGUGUGCUCUUCUCCGACGGUAAUCAGAACGAUGGAGUCCUAUCCUUGUGUUUGCUCUCUCUUGCAUAAAUUCAGAAGAAAUUGAUCACCAAUCUGUCAGAACUGGUUCAGCACAUGGCGUUAGUCCUAUUUCAUCAAGAAGUUUAUAGACCUAAGACUCAACGUUUGGGAGAUUUGAGAGGGGGGGGGGGGGGGGAUUUCAGAAAGUUUGAUCUGUAGGGACAGGAGAUUCGAUUCAGCAUUCACAUAUUCCUAUCAAGUCAUGAUAAGGAUGACAGUCAACACACUUAACUACAAGAUUGCUGCAAAUAAUCAAUUCCUAGAAGUGUGUUAUAAGAAUUUGAUGCAGCUAAAACAAAGAUAUACAAAGAUUACAGAAGUUUAAGAGAAAAGGAACCCACAAUUGAAAGGAGAAGACAGAUAACUGACCUCUUGAGAGUUCAGGCUGCUACUGAUACUCAAAACUUCAUGGUUGCCAACAGCUCCAUAGUGCUUGCCUGAGUGCCAGGGGUGUUUGAGAUACUAAUAUGAUGAACAAAACAGGUGAGUGGAUUCAAGUCUAGAAAGAUUGUUUUUGAGGGAAGAUGGAUUGGAGUUGGUGAGUUGCUGACUCACCUUUGAAGCAAUGAGUGGAUGGUGUCCGCAACACUUCAAGUUUUAUUAUGCAGUUGCACGAGGUUGAAUUUUGUAGGUUUAUGGCUGAUCGUCAUGCUUUAGCCGAGGAACGGAUGGAGUUACCAAGAAAAAAAGGAGGAAGUCCGUCACCUGAACAUGAUCAUUGAAGAGAUUAAUGACAAUAAUAAUGGAGCUUAUAUCAACAAGCUCGUUGACAAGAGAAGGAAGCUUCAAGCUGAACUUAGAUCAAAUGAGUCUUUGAGAGAUGAGGUUGUGCAUCUAUGUGCUGAAAUCGAGAAGCUCCACGCCGUUAGGAAAGAACUCUCUGCAAAGGUUGCAUCACUCAUGCAUGAGCUUAGUAGGGACAAAUCACAUAGAUGACAGGAACUUACAUAUGCAAGGUACACACCUCGACACACAGUCUCUUUUGCAGGACCAGACUCUCAAGUAUCCCGAGCAUGCAGAAGUGGAAUUUUGAGUUGGUGGAACAAGCGAAAGUAAAGGAAAAGAACAUGAUUUUGAUGGGGCAAGAAAUUCAACAACGGCGGGCCAAAUUAGCUAAUUUUAAUGGCUAUGGGGCACAAUUCAGGAAGAGGCAUGGUAAUCUAUCAAAGAACAGUGGUGCAAUAUUAAUUAACGACUCAAAGGAUAUAUGGAUUCCAUGCCGCCUCUCCAAAAGCACGGUCCGACUCCGCGUUUGCUCCUAGAGAACGCGAAGGUUGAAACAAGAUCUCUAAAGCCAAAGGCGCAGAUGUGGCUGCAGGAUCACGAUGCCUAGGAGAUGUACGAUCAAGUCGUAGAAGUAGCAACCAUGGCCGUUCCGUCCCAAAAGCAAAAGUUGGGACACGACACAUACAACUCUAGGACAUUGUGCGCACUGUUGGUGACGGCUCAAGUGGAUGCCCAUUUGUUUCAA